GGAAGCCCUGCAGCUGCCAAGUGUGACGGAAGGACUUCUCCUCCCAUCUGUCUGUAGCUCUCAUUCCAUCUUGGGUUGUGCUGUAGCUGGAAACCAGAGAGUUAUUUCCUCCUCCCAUCAGUACACCUGCUCUGAGAUCCUCUAGAAGCCCCCUCCCCAACAACCAUGAACCCAGAGACUGCCGGAGAAUUGCCGCGGCCACUGAAGAAGUUUUAUCAGGGGGAGCCACUGGCCUUGGGGAUCACACAGAUAUUAAUAGGCAUUAUUGGGAUGGCUCUUGGUGUCGUCGGAAACAUGACAGAUAAUUUUUACAGAUUAACUUACCAGAGUGUGAUGACAGCAUAUUGGGCUGGAUUCUUGUACAUCAUUUCAGGAUCCCUGUCUGUGGCCGCUGCUAGGAACCCCAAGCCAUCCAUGGUGAAAGGCAUGCUGGGAAUGAACGUGGUGAGCGCUGUGGCCGCUGGCAUUGCGAUUGUGUUAAUCUUUUUUUCGUUACCCUAUCAUACAUAUUAUUACCGGAACCAAUGCAGCCAGUAUUCUUCCAGCUCUGGCAUGGAUCCAGUGACGUGCUAUGAAACCCAAAUCCUCCCUAAAAAAACGCUGGUGGGCAUGAUGGCUGUCCUUCUGGUGUUUAACAUCCUAGAGUUCUGCAUCAGCAUCUCCAAUGCAGCCUUUGGGUGCAAGAACAAUUGCCUGGAGACCCCCACACAAAUGGUUGUGGUGGUUUACCAGUAUCCAACCCCGGCCCCUGCGGUUGGUCUCCAAACUGCUUGUCAGGAUCCUGAGUCCCCCUGAAUUGAUCUUCUGAGCUGGAAUGAUGUAUUCUGCUCCAAAUCAAGACGCAAAAGACUGAUUUAGCAUCUUUGAAAACUGGUACAUCAGGACCACACAAGUUUCUCAACGAGUUCCAGGUUGUCCUUUGAAUCAACUGAAGAUGAGGGAUAUCAUGAGCUAUCCAAUAUGCCAUGAAUAAAUAUGGAGCAUGAUUUUUGAUAUGGAUUUUUAAUAUGAUAUGGGUAAACUGUAUAGUAACUUACACUCCCAGACAGAAAGCUGAUCGAAAUUCAGUUUUGUCCUUCACAGCUUGCAUGCCUGUAGUAACAAUUCGCUCUUUGGAUUCAAAUCCUGAUAACCAAGAAUCAAGGUUGUGAGUAAUUUCACUGGAAUGCUUCUGUUUCUCAAAUUACAUUGGGUUUUUAGCAAAGAAAGUUAGUAAUGACUAAGGCCCACUGAAAUACAGGAAACAAAGCGAUAGUUACUAACAUAAGCCCCGUAGCACUUAUUCACGGCUCACUUUCUUUGGGUGCAGCCCAUUAUAUUCACUAUAAGUUUGCUAAUAUGUAACUGGUCUCUUAUUUCUUCCUUAUAUUGAUUUAUUCCAAAAUAAUUUCCGUAGAUUUUUCUACAAGAUCGGUUUCUGUACACAGUGUCUUAGCUCACAGAUGCUUAUGCAAUGUAAAUAACUUGAGUAUUAAUAAAUGUUGACCUUUUGGGAUA